GAUUAGGAGGCAUGUUUGUUCAGAAAAAGCUGAAGAGAAAGGGAACGGAGCACCUCUACAUCGCAAGAAGCGCAUCCGCUUGGCUCCUUAGAGCUCCGUUUAAAACGCUUAUUAUCAUGAGUGGUUCAGCAGAUUAAGGUCCCAGUUUCGCAAAGACGGACUUGUGCGACUAUAAGAGCGAACCUCUCUUGACAUCGGUGCGGUGGACUUGUGCAUAGUACGCGGACGGAACGUUCGGCUUGAUCACCAGAUCAGUUCUCAGUUCUGCUCAAGGACGGUCACUCUUCUUGUUCAAAGGACGGACACCCGACGCGGCAGAAGGCGGAGAGGAGAGAGGGGGCUCUUAUCACGCCUGAAACCUUGCUCCUCAGCCCCGAAACCUCCAAAUGAACGAUUCUCCUUUUGGAUCUAUUCACAGUAGGACCGCGGAAAACACCGGACAGAACGACAGCCUCUCACCCAGACCCUCAAAGAAGAGCGCCCCCGUUUCUUUUCUGUCUCCCUCGGAUCCUAUUAGACAGGCGAAGCGACUCCCGAUUAAGGUGCUCAAGAUGCUGACUGCGCACAGCGGACAUCUCCUUCACGCCGAGUACCUCCAGCCGCUGACCUCCGCCCCGGUCAGCAUCGAGCUGGAUGCAAAGAAAAGCCCCCUGGCACUUCUUGCACAGACCUGCUCCCAGAUUGGCAAGCCGGAUCCCCCACCUUCGUCCAAGCUUAACUCCGUCACUUCCAGUGGUGUCAGUGAAAAGGAUUCCAGCAGUAGUCGGCAGUCUGGUGGGAGCCUUAAGCUGGCAGGUGGGGAUCACCAUCAGUCCAUGGAGGAUAAGUCCAGCUUCAAACCUUACUCUAAAUCGACAAGUGAGAGCCGGAAAGAUCCGGGCAGCUCAAGUUCAGGCGGAAAUGGUGACAAAGCUGGAUUUCGAGUGCCUAGUGCCACCUGUCCCCCAUUUCCUCCGCACGCUGCCUCACCCAGCUCUAGGGUGGGCUCCCCUCAACAACAGCCAACGGCAGCUCCUCCGUUACAAGCACAGCACGGGGAGUCCAAAACAGCAGGCAGUGAAUUGAGUGGGCAGGACAAAAAAGAGCAGGAACUACCCAAAUCCAAUGUGGACAAUGCACAGAUUGCCAACUCGAGCCUCACCAGAGCCAGCGCCAACUCCAGCAAUGCUAGCUCUGAGAACAGCCCACAGCACAGCAGCGAGGGCAAACCAGACACAGGCCUGAGCGCAGGUCACGUAGCCCCCGUGUCGCCUUACAAAACGAGCCACUCUGUGUUUCCGCUGCCGUCCUCUAGCUUGGGAUACCAUGGGUCCAUUGUGGGGGCCUAUGCCGGAUAUCCUUCUCAGUUCGUACCAGGGCUGGAUCAUGCCAAGUCCAGCCUCGUGGGGGGGCAGUUGGCUGUCCCAGGAAAGCAUCCUAGUUCUAGCCCACUCACUGGGGCCUCUCCUCCAUCGUUCAUGCAGGGAUUAUGCCGGGACCCGUACUGCCUAACCUACCACAAUGCCUCCCACCUUGCAGGCAGCAACUGCUCUUCCUGUGUCCAUGAUCCAUCCUCCUCUUUAAAACAGGGCUACCCAUUGGUAUACCCCACACAUCCUCUUCAUUCUAUCCACCCCACUGCCUUAUCAUCAAGCAACACGGCCACCCUGUCUGGGCACCCCCUCUACACCUAUGGCUUUAUGCUUCAAAAUGACCCAGUGCCUCAUAUAUGCAACUGGGUGUCUGCCAGUGGACCUUGCGACAAACGCUUUGCCACCUCAGAGGAACUUCUUACCCACCUGCGGACCCACACUGCCCUGCCAGGGGCAGAUAAGCUCUUAGCAGGGUAUCCCACCGCCAGCCUGAGCAGCGCAGCCUCCUGCCACCUCCACCUCCCUCCAGCUGGGCCAGGCAGCCCAAACACGUUGCCGGGAUCCUUCUCUAUGAGGAGUCCGCACACCUUGGGACUAAGCAGAUACCACCCUUACAGCAAGACUCACUUGCCGACGGCCAGUGGACUGCCAAUGCACACGUUACCGGCCACAGCUGGGCCCUACUAUUCUCCGUAUGCCUUGUAUAGCCAGAGACUGACGUCAGCAUCUGCCCUGGGCUACCAGUAGGGACUGAGGGACACUGGGAUUUUUAACGUUUGUCACCCCACUACGACUGGCGACUAUUUAUUUCUUGGUAUGUUUGGCCUCAUAGAGAGCAAAUAUCAAAUAUGCAUUAUUUCAUCCAGUCCACCCUGAAUCAAGAAAAGUACACUCAAAUACAAAUGAGUUUGGUUUUAUAUAGAUAUAUAUAAUUUAAAUGUUUUCUUGUCUUUUCCAACUAUUUUGACUCAUUUGUCUUUUCUUU